GAUGUUUUGAGAUUUAGACAUGAAAAAUCGUUUAUUUUUAUUUUCAAAGUUUUAGUACAAUUUUAAUGUUUUGCACAUCUCUAGUUUUAAGACAGACUUCUUUUUGACAUUUUACUAAGUCGGUAAUGUAGUUGUAGUUAAUAUUUUUGUUUUGCUCUUGUCUGUCGCGUAUAUUUGUAAGGUGUUUUUUCUCUUUUCCAUUUCCCAAAUAAAAAUGCCAAAUUCAUCCCAAACAAAAGUGACAAAUAUUCCUGCAAAAUCUAAAACUAAAUCCCGAAUAAAUAAACGUCAAAGAAAUCGUCGUCGAAAUAAACAAAAAUCAUUAAAUAACAAUCAACAAAAAGGUCAAUUUAAAGCACAAACAAAUUCAGUGGCGUUCAGUGAGAGUGGCCAAAGAAAGGGAACAGAAAUUUGGGGAGAGGCGUACGCGAAUGCCGUAAGAUGGCACGGAGAGCAUCAAAAUAAUUUCUGGCGACAUGCUGCCGAACAGCUUGAAAAUGAAAAUCAAAUGUUGCGGCAACAAUUGAAUUAUGUUGCAAAUAGCAUUAAACCGGAAACCCAAAAUUAUUAUGAAACAUCCGAUGAGGAAUAUGAGCAGAAGGAUUUGAUUGUCGUUAAAAAAGAAGAAGAACAACAACAAGAAGAUGAGGUGGAUUCAAAAUAUUUGGAGUUCCUGCAAGUAACAAUAAAACAUCGUGAGGAAUUGCGAUUAAAACGGGAAGCAGCGGAUUUGCUGGAAGAUCAAGAAGAUUCAACAACUGGGGACGUUGGUUAAGCUUUGUAUUUUUGUGUCACAUUUCAUGUUGUUGAUUGCCAAUUUUCAAUGCAUACAUAUAUUUAAAUAAAACAUAUUUUUUAAGUAACAA